AUGACACCAACUAAAAUAUUAAAGGACCUAUCGGUUGAUCUCACCUUUUCUCUUCCUCCCAAUAAUGCGCCAACAAGGAUUACAAUUAAAAUUAAAAAAGACCAGUUAUUGAUGGAUGUUGUUAGACGUUUUAUGAGCGCAUAUAAUGUUCCAUGCUAUCUAGAGAACUCCAUUCUUUCAACCAUUGAAUCACUAAUGGUCGAAAGUUGGCGUAAAGACGCGGAAAGAGAUUCAAAAAAUGAACUAGAUGCAACAAAGGUUCGUAAGAAUCUUAUAUCCAAGUAUAAAAAAUACACAAUAAGAUAUAACGAUUCUCCCGCAGAGAAUAUUUUCCCUAAAGCAUACCAUACACUUGUUCAUUCUCCUGUACCAUCAUUAUUCGACACACUUUUACAAUUAGAACAAUGUUAUAAGGAAGUAAUCAAAGAUUUAGUAUCCUCCAAAGAAAAAGAGUUAGGAGGUAUAAGGGAAAGACAUCAGAAAGAAAUGGAACCUAGCCAAACUAGUGGGAUCGUAAAUUUUUUAAUGGAAAAACAUCGCGAGGAUGUUGAAUAUAAUCAAGCCACUCUGGUCAGUGAACUUGAAGAUAUUAAGAGAUUACAGAGAAGAGAAUAUUGCGAAUUUGUGGUUAAACUUUAUCAAGCACACCAACGAUGGUUAACGGCAAAUCAAUCAACAACUGAUCCAAAUUGGGUAUUCCAAUUGGAUGUAAAAGAGAUUGUUGAUGAAGUUAUAGAUGAUAUGAAGAAACGUCACAAAGGGCUGUCUAAACAAAUAUUGCGGUUGGUUCAAGGAAGUGGAACUCGUAGUCGUCAUGGAAGCAUUAGUUCUUUAUCGGAUAUCAUAUUAUCGCCAACUUUGAUGUCACCAACAUCUCCAUCGUUCAAUGAAGAUAAGAAACCGGCCUAUUUUAAUGAGGAUGAUCUUCGAGUAUUAAAGGUUCAAGAAAUGGGAUUUAAUCAGGAGCAAGCUAUAGUCGCUUUAGAGAUGACAAAAGGAAAUAUGGAACAUGCGGUGAGUCUUUUGGUAGAACAACCAGAUAAAAUAAACAGUCAAAUAGCGAACGCUUCAUCUACUCUACCUCGACGUCCUUCCAUACCUUUUGUGAGCUCACCUUUGAAAGAACAACCGGAAAGUAUUGGCAAACGAUCAAAAUCUCAACGAAAGUUGGGAUUGACGGUUCUUACCAAACAGGAAAAGAAAAAUACCUGGUCACCGAUAAACUUUUUUCAGCAAAAACAUCAAAUGUUGGGUUCGCCAAAUACUUCAACAUCUUCAGUAAGAAAAUUCAGUGGAUGGCUAGGUAGAAAGAAUCUUGAAGGAGAUGGGAACGGCCAUGGUCCAAAUUUACAAUUAGAUAAUCCUCAUCUUGUCGAGUCAUUUACAAUUUCCCUUGGAAAUCAAGUGAAAUCAACCCAUAAUCUUCGACUUUUGGUAUCUGAAACCGAAGACCUGCUUAAUUCAUCCAAUGACAUUGCUCGUGAUAUGGCGUAUAGAGCCCAAACGGCUGCUAAUUUAUAUUCUCAAAACUUAACGGCAAUCAUUUUACUAUUAACGCCAAAUGAUUGGCCAAAUUAUAAAUUCGGAAGAAGUGCUAAUAAAGGAGACUUUUUUAUUACAAGACAUUCAAAUUUACCUUUAGUUCAUGUUGUAUUUCAUUUGGUGAUUGAAUCUGAAUCAAUUCAAAAAUCAGAACUUACACCAAGAUCAAAUGCAAUAAGUGGGUUGCGUAACAUAUUAAGAACAAUUGAUAGGUUUGACAUAACAAGCAUUUCGUUGCCAAUUUUAUUAUUACCAUUACAUGUUGAUGUAUUUACGGCAACAGAUCAAGCUGAUGAAAGUUUACUUAUAAGAAGAGGAGAAGUUGUUUUAAAGUGUACUAAAGGAUCUAUGAUGAACAAUUCAAGGGUACCAAAGCAUGUAACAGAAAAAGAACAAGAAACCAAAACCGUUACAUUUUUAUUAAGUAAAAAUGUUUCGGAACAACAAUUUAAUAAUUUUAGACAAUUAUUAACUGAACUUUUUAGAGCAAGUUAA